GUAUUUUUCCCAACCGCACCAUCGUCGUGCUGCCAUGCAACCUCAGUCGCCUCCUCCUCCUCGUCCCCUCUGAUCACGUCGCUCAUGUCUGUGCUCCUCAACAGUGUCUGCCUGAGCCCACGCCACACUUCGUAAUCAUGGGGAAGUCUGUUCCGUUGCCCCUUUUACCAGUUAUUCUGGCGUCUUUGGUCCAGGUUGCGGCUGCAUCCCACGGCGCUAGCUCGUAUCAGGAUUAUCUUGUUGAUAAAGUUCUCCCGCCCAACCUCCACGUGAAAAGCCUGAUUUUUGUGAAGGCGUGCUGCCUGAUUAUUGUGUUCUGGUCGACCUUUUUCGCGGCGAUUUCUCCCUAUUUUUUGCGAUGGAACAGCUCAUUUUUGGUCCUGGGCACCCAGUACUCGGGAGGUGUGUUCUUGAGUACUGCAUUGAUACAUUUCUUGAGCGACUCGCACAACGGCUUUCAAAACCUUACCACGAACGAUUACGCAUUUGCUGAGCUUCUUGCGAGUCUGGGUUAUUUGAUCACAAUGUUUGGCGACUUGGUCAUUCAGUGGGUGUCCUUGCGGGAUCCCAAUUCCCAUGCGCCUGCUUCUGUGGACGAAGUCAAAGGUGUCAUCACAUUAGUGGAGGAGAAAAUUGCAAAAGGAAUGUCAAGGAGAGGGUGCACGUGCGCAACAGAGGGGAAAUGCGAUUGCAAGUGUGCUGCAAAAGAGAUGUCCUCAACCUUUCCAGACGUGCCUGUGGUGAAGGUCACUCUCAUGCACCGUACGUCCUUCGGAGACGCACUUAUUCUUAUUCUUGCACUCUGUUUCCACUCUGUCUUCGAAGGCAUUGCCAUCGGCGUUGCAGAGACGAAACAGGAUGCAUGGAAAGUCCUAUGGACGAUCUCACUUCACAAGGUCUUUGCUGCCUUAGCCAUGGGAGUGGCACUUUUGCGCAUGCUACCGAAUCGACCACUUGUCUCCUGUUUCUCGUAUGCUCUAGUCUUCGCCAUCUCAACUCCAAUUGGCGUGGCCAUUGGUAUCAUCAUCGAUGCUACGACGCAAGGCGUCACUGCCGACUGGGUUUAUGCUAUCUCCAUGGGGAUGGCUUCUGGGGUGUUCAUCUACGUCGCAAUCAACCAUCUACUGGCGAAGGGAGAUGUCUCACCUCCCAAAAAUUGUUUGAAUGAGCCAUUUCAUAAAUUCACAGCCGUAACCUUGGGAGCGGCCACCAUCGCCGUCGUCAUGAUCUGGGAUAAUUGAACUUUGAGAUGUUUGAUCCGUAGUUAAUUGUCACAUAGUUUGUUAUAGAAGAGACCGUUGGCAUGCAACAGAGGCGGAUUAGAACUCCUUGCAGGAGCCACAGGAGAGAAUGCGCCCCAACCUCUUUUAGAAUAUUCAUAUUGAGAACAAGAUACUGUCACUGAGCACAGACUGCAGAGGCACUCUGCGGGACAGUAUUAAAACUAUGUCUCUUCAAUCGUGACGAAAACGGCAACCUCUGAGACACACCAAGCUGUUUCGGACUUAAUAAGCAGGACCCUGGUCAGUGAUUCUCUCAUCAACUGGGGAAAUCGAAGUGAUGAUCGAUCUCGCUACAAGUCAGGUCAAUAAGCCAGCCAUUUCGCUUUGAGCGAAUUUCACACGGUUGAUUUUUUGCACCUAACACGGUAUUAGGUUCACGAAAUUCCGGAGUCGAGAUUUGUUCAUCAAGAAUUGACUGGCACCAUACGCAACACCACAUAGCACACUUAGCAGUGCAAAGAAUUUUAAAAUUCAAAUAACUGCUCAAUGCCAACGAUAAAAAUCUGCUGGAUUUACGAGUUGCAGAUUAGUGGACGCCGCCAUUCUGCAGCUAGAAAGUCAUAGCCUCAGACUUGGUGAAAUUUCUAUGCAUAAAGUGCUAUGACAUUUCCACUAACGCUUAAACCAUUCGUGAUUGCUUGCAA